AUGAGCUCAAAGCAUCUGGAUCCAUUCUCUGCGGUCGGCGCCGGUACAAAGCACAAACAAAUCCAGGAUGCAAAGGACAUGUACCAAGUGGUCGUUGACCGCGCCGCAAGAACAAACACUGCCGUUCCAGACUACGAGUUCCUUGAGCUCAUCGGAAAGGGAUCCUUUGGCAGAGUGUACAAAUGCAAAAACAAUGCUACAGAGGACCUCGUAGCUGUCAAGAUCAUUGAUGUUGACGAUCUGGAUUACAAGUUGGAUCUCGACCAAAAAGAUGAGGCCAUCGAGGAUUUCCGGAAAGAAGUCAAGACGUUAAAACUCCUUCGAGACAGCCAGGCGAAGAACAUCAACUAUAUCCAGGAGGCGUUUGACUUGCACUCUCAACUAUGGAUCGUCAGCGAUUACUGUCCAGGUGGUAGCGUUCACACACUCAUGAAAGCCACGCCAGGUCCUGGGCUCGAAGAGGAGUACAUCAUUCCAAUUGCUCGCGAACUGGCCGUGGCACUCAAAUACGUCCAUGAUGCCGGUGUCAUCCACAGAGAUGUCAAGUGCGGCAACGUUUUGAUUUCCGAAGAAGGUCAGGUUCAGCUUUGUGACUUUGGCGUGGCAGCUGUCAUCGAGACUGAAGCGUCAAAACGUUCGACCAUCAUCGGAACUCCGUUCUGGAUGCCCCCGGAGAUGCACUCUAUGGAUAUGGCAGUUCAACAAGGUUAUGGUACCGAAGUUGACUGUUGGGCAUAUGGCUGUACUGUCUACGAAAUGGCCACAGGAAUGCCACCAAACCAUAAGUUCCAUCCAUCAAUGUUGAGGACAGUGUUGAAAGCCGCACCGCGACUGCAAGAGGGUGCCUAUUCACAGGGUCUACGAGACUUUAUUGCCUUUUGCCUUGAAGAAAAGCCCCAGGACCGUCCAUCAAUGAAGGCAAUCCUCGAGCAUCCCUUCAUCUCAGACACUUCAGCGCAGUAUCCUACACAUAUGGUGAGGGAAAUGAUUGAUCGUUACUUCCAGUGGGAGAGAAGAGGUGGUCAAAGAGCUUCACUCUUCAAUCCGAUGGGAGCUGCCGCACCUCAGCCGUCCGAACAGCGUGACGACUAUGAUGAUUGGAACUUUUCAACCUCUGCCGAUUUUGAAAACGACUUUGUUAAGCGCUACAGUCAACUCGGAAUUGCAGAGACUGACUUUGCAGCUACAGCCAACAGUGCUGCUGAAGACGUGAUGCCUGCUCUCAACAACGUCACCAAACCGCAUCCGCGAAACCCGUUCCACGAGGCGCAAGAAGAAGCCAGAGCGAAGCGAGGAGAGCGCUCGAUGGAACGCCUCUUCGACACAAACGCAGACCCUUACGACUACAACACGCUUAUGGAAGACGAAGAACAACCAAUGUCUGACCUUCCACUUCGCAACCUGUCCAGCGAUCGCGCGGCCAAUAGGGAGACCCUGAUUGACUUGGACAUGGGCGCAGCGGGACUCGAUUCACAGCCGACCUUCAACUUCGACUUUGGCGAUGUGCCAACACUCAAGGCAGCCAGACCGAACCGCAUGUCAUCGACAAUGCCUGAUGAUGAAGAAGAUCAGAACGACUUCUAUGAUGGACCGGACCAAGACACACGACGCGCCACCAAAGACUGGCAGUUUCCUCUCAAGAUGAUGCCUGCCGACAAUCCAAGCCGGCGCACACAAGAUUGGACCUUUGCCAUGGCACAGCCUCCGGCCGCGGACCGCAAAACCAAAGACUGGUCUUUCGCAACUGCGCAACCAGCAGCUGAUCGCAAGACGGCAGAUUGGUCAUUUGCUACAGCCCAGCCAGCCACCGUUAGAAACACACAAGACUGGACGUUCGCAGAGAUGGCAGAGCCUCUGACGGCUGAGCCUGACCGCCGAACCGCAGACUGGACAUUCGCAACCGCCGAGCCAGUAUCCACUGAAGCAGAGGCCGAGCCAGACUUCUCGUUUCCACCUAUGAAAGACGAGACAGACAUUGCUCCUGGCUUCAGACCCCAUCUGACCCGCACAGCCACUGAACCAAUUGGCCAGUUCAAUGACUUCCUUCAUCCUCCUGUAGGAUCGGCUGCCAAAGACGACCUCGACAUACCAAGCGUUCGCGAGUCGAAGCCCAUCAUUGAUAUUGACUUGGGCAUGACCUUCGAACCCGAGUUUGACCUAGAGUCUGCCAUAUCCCACCACUCAAAACAGCCGAGCAUAACACCAUCGUCCCCUGUCAUAAGUGCGGCAGGUUCAACUGAAACCUCACGCAACCCCUUCUUCUUGGCUGAAGUUGAGCAACCUAGCGGUGAUGAAGUUAAGCGCUCCUCGCAUCGCCAGUCGCGCUCUGAACCACAGCUUCUAGCAUCAAACAACCGCCACUCCGGCAUCCUCCAUUCGCGGGGACCAAGCAAUGUGUCUCUACUCAGACACUCGAGAGACAGAGGAUACUCUUACUCUUCCACGGCAUCAUCGGACGUCCAGAGUGGAAGUUGGCCGCGCGACUACAACCGCCGUAUGGAGGCACACACAAGACAACAACUUCUCGAUGGAUUGCACACAUCUGCGAUUGCGUCGCGUAACAGCUGGGCUCGGUUUGCUGCUGCCGAUUCAUUCGACGACACCGAUAUUGAGAUGCCCAUGGCUGAUCCUGGCAUUCGUAUACCAGGACUCGACGAUGCCGACUUUCCACUGGCAGGAUUGCGGCCUACAUCACGCAUUGAUGCUUUCAAUGUGGACACAGACAGAGACGAAAGCACAUACGGAGACCUCACUAUGCCUCGCAACAGAGCACGCGCAGAUACGGGAGGUACAACAAGCACGGGUACAGGCUACGACUCCUCAAGAGAUGAAGCCUACAUGUCGCAAGUACGCAGCAGUCGCUUGUUGAGCAAGUUUCCUCGACUGUCAGCUCCCGACCCAGAAGCCAUGAUGGAAGGCGCUGACUCGGAGCUUGUGUUCAACGAGAUGGAUAGACUGUUUGCCGAUCUCGAAGGAGGACUCAGUCUGGCUGCAGAGAUGUUCGAACGACGCGACAGAGGCAUGUCUCGUGGAAGAGAAGAGGGAGAUGAAUACGAAAGACAGGCCAAGGGGUUUGGCAGUGAAGGAGAGGGAUUGAUACGUCCUUAUACGGACCGCCGAGCACGUUGCCGACCCGGCGCGCGCAUACGCCAUCAUCAGAUGAAUCCAGCGCAUAGAGACGGCUGGCCGCCCAGAGAAGACCACACUCCGCUCCAUCGCACUUUCGCGUACGUCGAUAUACGUCAAGACGAGGCUGUCACGAGUACUGACGAGGUUUCACAGCNNGCGAAUCCACCACCUGCCCAUCCCGGUGCAGCUCCUUCUCCGCGCACAGGUGCUCUGCCCCCUCCAUCAGGUACAGCCGAUCCCAAGUCACUGAUUCACCAUCUGCUUACAACUGGAACAGGCCCCUUCGCUCCUUUCCAACAGGCUCCUCACAAUAUCCUGAACCCUCCUUCGCCUCGUCAUCAGGCACAAGCAGCCUUCCCUCUGGGCCGCGACAUGCCCGAUCAUCGGGACAACAUCCACAUCAAAGAAGAGCAGGACGCUGUGCGCCGUGAUCAACAGCGCGAAAGACAACACAUGGACCAACUCCCUCCUCAUCAAGCCCAGAGAGGGCCGAUACACUUGCACCAGCCUGUCGCUGUGCCACCCAAUGCUGUCCACGGUCCCAAUGGCCUGUUGGCCAAUGCUGCUGGUGGACAUGGCCAGAUCCCGAACGCUGUCUUCAGUGGUGGUCCCGUACAGCCUGCCACACAGUCCCAGGCCAUGCUUGUUCCCAUGCAACCUGGCAGUGCUCAACCCGCAAACGUCGGCCAAGGGCAGCAGCCCAUCUUGAACGUGCAGUUUGUCGACCACCCGGAUGUUUAUAACAGAUUCUUGGAUAUCAUGAAGGACUUCAAGAGUGGGGCGUAUGUGUCGGUCUCCACAUCCGACUCUUCUGAGGUGCUGACUGGAUACAGUAUUGAUACUCCCGGUGUCAUCGAACGUGUCUCGACCCUCUUCGCCGGCAACCCCGAGCUUAUCCAGGGCUUCAACACUUUCCUGCCUCCGGGUUACAGAAUCGAGUGCGGCACCGGCGACGAUCCGAACGCCAUCCGAGUAACGACUCCCAUGGGAACAACUGUCCAAGCAAUGCCGGCGCCGCGGCCCAUCUCGCCUCGCACAGCUGCUCCGGCACAAGACGGAAAUAACCAGGAAGGCCCUCUCUUUGCUGCUGUGAACAGACAGGCCAAUGGCAAUUGGACGCCUCAAGCAGCAGGUCACUCUCACGUUAUUCACAGUCCCAGUGGCCGUCCAGUUGGUACCGCCCCUUUCACCUCCCAGAUGGGUCCCCAGCAAGCUGCCGCUAUUGCAGAGGCUCAAGCUCGUGAGCAGCAGGCUUUGAGUCUCCAACAGGAACAGCGCGUCUCGCAGUUGCAAAACGCCGUCUCUGCCGCAGCUGGCGACAACCUCGCUAGAGCUGGAAUGAUGUCUCCAAAUGGCGGCGCCGCUGCUCUUGCUCAGGGUGAGAUGGUCAUCGGCCCUGACGGACAGCCUCUAGGCCACGAGAAGGUGAGGCCGCAAGUUGAGUUCAAUCACGCCAUCAGUUAUGUCAACAAGAUCAAGGUUAGUCAGGAGUACUCGUCUGUUUCGCGCCUGUCUCAGCCAUCAUGCUUACGUUUCGAUCAGAACCGCUUCCAGCAACAGCCCGACAUCUACAAACAGUUCCUGGAGAUUCUGCAGACCUACCAACGCGAGUCAAAGCCCAUUCAGGAUGUCUAUGCCCAGGUGACACGACUUUUCAACUCGGCCCCGGACCUUCUAGAAGAUUUCAAGCAAUUUCUCCCAGAAUCCGCUGCUCACGCGAAAGCAGCAGCAGCAGCUAGAGCCCAACAACAAGAAGAGUCAGUCAUGCUUAGCAACGUGCGUGGCGACCCUUUCUAUCAGGCUCCACAACCCCAUCAGACUCCUAGAGCCGAACACCGUCUUCCUCCAGUUGGUAACUUUGCUCCCACUCCAACUGUCAACAAGGACAACAAGAGAAAGCGCGGCGACAGACAAGGAACCGUCACAAACGUGGGACCGGAGACAAACGGCCUCGCAAAAGCCCCAGCUUAUGGCCAGAUGGCCAACGUCAACAAACGCGCUAAGCAGGCCCAUGCUGGUAGACAAGCGAUGCCAUCUGACAUUCCUCCUACUUCGCCAACCUUGGUUCCCGCACUUCCCGAGCCUUUGCCACCAACUCAAAGCACUCUUGCGACGGCCGAUGAAAUGAGCUUUUUCGAUCGCGCUAAGAAGGCUAUCGGAAACAAAGCUGCCAUGAACGAGUUCCUGAAGCUCUGCAAUCUUUUCUCUCAGGACCUUAUCGACAAAAUCACCCUGGUCCACAAGGCUCGUGGCUUCAUCGGUAGCAAUCCCGAUCUCUUCCAAUGGUUUCAAAUGUGGGUUGGUUACAACAAUGAUGACAUUACUAUCGAGAACAAGCCCAGAGCUCCUCAGAGUAGAAUUUCUCUGAGCAACUGCAGAGGACUCGGACCAAGUUACAGGCUACUUCCUAAGCGUGAGCGACUGAAGCCGUGCCGCGGACGUGACGAGCUCUGCAAUGAAGUGCUCAACGAUGAUUGGGCCUCACAUCCAACAUGGGCAUCUGAGGACUCUGGCUUCAUCGCUCAUAGAAAGAACGUCCACGAAGAAGGACUUCACAAGAUUGAAGAGGAGCGCCAUGACUACGACUUCAACAUUGAAGCUUGUUCGCGCACAAUACAGCUUCUUGAGCCAAUCGCACAACAAAUUCUCCGCAUGAACAACCGCGAAAAGGAGGCUCUCGAGAUUCCACCCGGACUUGGCGGACAGAGCGAGACAAUUCACAAGCGUAUCAUCAUGAAGCUUUAUGGACGCGAAAAGGGCCAUAUGGUUGUUCAGUCGCUUCACGCACAGCCUUACAAAGUCAUUCCGGUGCUGCUCAACAGACUGAAGCAAAAGCUUGAGGAGUGGAAGCAGGCACAGCGCGAGUGGGAGAAGGUCUGGCGUGAUCAGACACAGAAGAUGUUCUGGAAGAGUUUGGAUCAUCAGGCCGUCAAUGCCAAACAAGCCGACAAACGUCAAUUCCAGACCAAGACGCUCUUGGGCGAGGUCCACACCAGAUAUGAAGAGACAAAGAGGCAACGCCUGGCUGGACAGAAUCCGCGCAACCAGCCUCAGAUGACCUUCAAGUUUGAGGACACGAGUGUCAUCAUCGACGCAUCCCAUCUGGUUCUUCUGUAUGCCGAGCAGAUGCAUUCUACCGAGUUCCCAAGAUUGACUUCUUUCAUCCGAGAGUUCAUCCCUCUGUUCUUCGGUCUCGAUUACGAAUGGUUUGGCAAUCAGAUUAGAGCCAAGUUUGGUGACACUCCUCAUAUGGAUGUCGGUGAAGAUGCGAUCUCGGCUUUCGACGACCCCAUCAACGCAAAGCCUCGUAAGCCGACAACCAAGAAGGGCGAUCUUCUGCGUGGCGUUCUCGAGCGUGGUCGCAAGAACCGUAAAGAUGAUGGUAGCAACACACCAUUGAGCCGAGCAUCAACUCCCGACAACGCAUCCAAUGUGGACGAAGAGAUGAGCGACAGUGUCAAUGUGGUCGACGAUCUUAAGUCUGACAUUGCCUUGGACACCUGGGCCUCGCAUCCUCUGGCGGGUAAUGUUCACAAGGAUAAGGAGUUAUACCUCAACCAGCCGUACUCCCGCACCAAGUUCAUGCUCUACGGCAAUGCAACCAUCUACUGCUUCAUCCGCGUCUUCAUAUUCUUGUAUGAGCGUUUGAACAACAUCAAGCAGGCCGAAGCCGAUGCUCACACGACAGUCGAUCGUGCAAUGGCCCCCAAGCCCGCUACCGAGCUCGGCAUCAUAGACAAGCUCCCUACAGACUUCUUUACUGAUGUCAGCGAGGGUUCCAACUUCUAUCGUCAGAUCCUCGGCAUGUUCGAAGACCUGAUCAAGGGAGAUAUGGAUAUGGCACACAUUGAAGAGACAUUACGGAGAUACUAUCUGCAAUGUGGAUGGCAGCUCUAUUCCUUCGACAAGCUCCUCGGCGCCUUGGUACGCUUCGCCAUUGGCAUGCUCGGCAGUGAAAGCGGUAAGGACAAGAGCUGGGACAUUCUUCAACUAUUCCGCAAGGACAGAGCCAAGGAUGAGACAUCUUUCCAGGAUGAGAUGAACUACCGCAAGCAGACGGAGAAGUACACCAAAGACCUUGACAUCUACGGCAUUGCCUAUGAUCAAGCAACGUCUGAGGUGCAAAUCAGGCUGUACAAGAAGGACGAUCCUACCUUCGACACAACCUCGAUGCUCCAAGAGGACCUCUGGCGUGUUUACGUCACCAACCUCCUCAAGCUCGCGCCGACGCCCGAUAUUCCGGCAACCAGACGCCGGCCAGUGAUGCACAGAAACCUGCGACAACUCAAUGUCGAUCCUAGCACGAUCAACAGCGAGGAGCGUUCGGACGACUACCGCAGACUUUGCGACUCAGCCAUCUCGUCAGAAGGCCUUGAGUUCCGUGUUGCAGUCGAGUUCUACCGCAUGUAUUUUGUCAAGAAUACAGAGGAGUACGCAUACCAACCCGCAGCGAUCCGAAGUGGCGGCAAGGAGGGCGUUGAGGAGGCAGACUCGACAGCCCGCUACCGAAGCGAUCGUAGCCAAGACACAUUCGUCAUUAACAAUGCGGCCAUGAAGGGGCUCAGCAAGGAAGAUGUUGAAGGCAAGAACUCUGGAUUCGGAGCUCUGGUCAGAGACGGUGGUGUCACGGUAUCAUCAGGGUCCGCCGACGAGGACGAGGAGAUGGAUGAUUAG